AUGGGUUACCAGAUCGGCAACAUCUACGGCAUCACCGCCAUUGCGGUCAUCGGCGGUGGACUGUUUGGUUUCGAUAUCAGUUCCAUGAGCGCUAUUUUGCCAACUCAACAAUACCGAUGCUACUUCAACCAGGGGCCUAAGGGUCCUCCCUUCACAGGCCCCGAGGACGAUUGCUCUGGUCCUACCGCCGAUGUCCAAGGAGGCAUCACUGCAGCUAUGCCUGGUGGUUCUUUCGUCGGUGCUCUCGUCUCUGGUUACCUUACGGAUAAGCUCGGUCGUCGCAGGGCUAUUCAAAUCGGUUGUGCCAUCUGGAUCAUUGGUUCCAUCAUCUCCUGCGCCGCUCAAAACAUCGGCAUGCUCAUCGUCGGUCGCUUCAUCAACGGUCUCUCUGUCGGUAUCUGCUCCGCUCAAGUCCCUGUCUACGUCUCUGAACUCGCUCCUCCCUCCCGCCGCGGUCGUGUUGUAGGAUCCCAGCAAUGGGCGAUCACUUGGGGAAUUCUAAUUAUGUACUACAUCUCCUACGGCUGCAGCUUCAUGGAAGGCACCAAGGCUUUCCGUGUUCCAUGGGGUCUGCAGAUGAUUCCUGCUGUUAUCCUUGGUAUUGGACUUCUGUUCCUGCCGGAAUCUCCUCGUUGGCUCGCCCGUCACGACAGAUGGGAGGAGACACAGGCCGUUCUUACCCUGGUUCACGGCAAGGGUGAUCCCAACAGUCCUUUCGUGAAGCUUGAGCUUGAUGAGAUUCGUCAGAUGAUCGAAUUUGAACGCCAGAACGCCGACGUUUCCUUCAUGGAGCUCUUCAAGCCCAACAUGAUCAACCGCGUUCACAUUGGUAUCUUCACUCAAGUCUGGUCUCAGCUGACUGGUAUGAACGUCAUGAUGUACUACAUCACAUACGUCUUCGGCAUGGCAGGUCUUACCGGUAACAUCAACCUCGUCGCCAGUUCCAUCCAGUACGUCAUCAACGUCUUGAUGACAGUCCCUGCUCUUCUCUUCAUGGACCGCUGGGGUCGCCGUCCUAUGUUCGUCAUCGGCGCAGUCCUUAUGAUGAUCUGGAUGUUCGCCAACGCUGGUCUCAUGGCAUCCUACGGCAACCCCGCUCCUGAAGGCGGUCUUGGUGGUAUUGCCGAGCAAUCCUGGGAGAUUACUGGCGCGCCUGCGAAGGCUGUCAUUGCUUGCACAUACCUCUUCGUCGCUUCUUACGCGCCAACCUGGGGUCCCGCGUCUUGGGUCUACCCACCAGAGAUCUUCCCUCUCCGCAUUCGCGGAAAGGCCGUUGCCGUCGCUACCUCAUCCAACUGGAUCUUCAACUUCGCCCUCUCCUACUUCGUCCCACCCGCUUUCGUCAACAUCCAAUGGCGCGUCUACAUCAUCUUCGGUGUCUUCUGCCUCGCCAUGGCUAUCCACACGUUCUUCCUGUUCCCCGAGACGGCUGGAAAGACGCUCGAGGAUGUUGAGGAGAUGUUCAUGGCUGGAGUUCCCGCUUGGAAGACUAGGGUCGAAUACAGCAACACUCGCCGUGCUGAGCGUGGCGAGGUUGAUAACGAGAAGGGUCUUGAGCACAGCCCCGUUAGGGUUGAGAACGCCGAGACCAAGGCUUAG